AUGGGUUUCAUGCUCAAGGCCCCUGCGGGCACGCCUGGUUCGGCGGUGCCUGCCAUUAUGAUCGGUCUGUUCGUCGCUUUCGGUGGUGUUCUCUACGGUUAUGAUACCGGUACCAUUAGUGGUAUCAUGAGUAUGAACCACUGGAGGGAACUCUUCUCCACUGGCUACAAGAACGCCGAUGACCACCUCCCCGAUAUCACUUCGUCGCAGAAGUCCCUAAUCGUCUCUAUCCUGUCCGCUGGUACCUUCUUCGGUGCUCUUACCGCCGCCCCAUCUGCUGAUCUGCUCGGCCGUGUCUACGGUCUCGUCGUCUCCAACGUCGUCUUCUGCGUUGGUGUCAUUCUCCAGACCGUCGCCACUGACAUCCCCCUCUUCGUUGCAGGUCGUUUCUUCGCUGGUUACGGAGUUGGUAUGAUCUCUGCGAUAAUCCCUCUCUACCAGUCUGAGACCUCCCCCAAGUGGAUCCGUGGUGCCGUUGUCGGUUGUUAUCAGUUCGCCAUCACUGUCGGUCUCUUGAUCGCUGCUAUUGUCGACAACGCCACCAAGGACCGCAAUGACACCGGUUCCUACCGCAUUCCCAUCGCUGUCCAGUUCGCAUGGGCUAUCAUCAUGUUCGUCGGUUGCAUCUUCAUCCCCGAGACUCCUCGUUGGUACAUCAAGAAGGGCCGUCCUGAGCAGGCUGCCAAGUCUCUCGCCAAGCUCCGCAAGCUUGAUAUCGAACACCCUGCCCUCGUUGAAGAGCUUUCUGAGAUCACUGCCAACCACGAGUACGAGCUGUCCCUCGGCAAGGCCACCUACCUCGACUGCUUCAAGGGCAACCUGGGCAAGCGUCUCGCGACAGGUUGCCUUCUCCAGGCUCUCCAGCAACUCACGGGUAUCAACUUCAUCUUCUAUUAUGGUACCUCUUUUUUCAAAAACACUGGUAUCAGCAACGCUUUCGUCAUCACCAUGAUCACCUCCUGCAUCAACGUUGUUUCUACCAUCCCUGGUCUGUGGCUCGUUGAGAAGUGGGGUCGUCGCAAGCUCUUGCUCUUCGGAGCCAUCGGUAUGGCUGUCUGCCAGUUCAUCGUCGCCAUCGCCGGUACCGUCGUCGGCACAGACAACCUCCCCGUCCAGCGUCUUCUGAUCGCCUUCGUCUGCAUCUACAUCUUCUUCUUCGCCUGCUCCUGGGGUCCCGUCGCCUGGGUCGUCACUGGUGAGAUCUUCCCUCUCAAGGUCCGCGCCAAGUCCCUCUCCCUCACCACCGCCACCAACUGGCUCCUCAACUUCGCUAUUGGUUACGCCACACCCUACAUGGUCGACUCUGGCCCAGGUAAUGCCGACAUGGGCGCCAAGGUCUUCUUCGUCUGGGGUGGCUGCUGCUUCAUCUGCAUCUUCUUCGUCUGGGCCAUGAUCUACGAGACCAAGGGUCUCUCCCUCGAGCAGGUCGACGAGCUCUACGGCAAGAUCUCCAAGGCGUGGCAGUCUCCUGGCUUCGUUCCUUCUGUCUCCUUCCAGGACGUUCAGGACGCUGCUGUUGACAACCGUCGCAUGAGCUUGACAGACGCUGAGGCCCAGGCUACUCGCAAGAGGUCUGCUCAGUACAACGAAACCUACAAUGAGAAGAACUCCGCUGUUUAA